CAUUCCCAAAUAUAUCCAGUUCGAGAUGCCACGUGUCAAUAACCCAUUGAACGUCUCAAAUUUCAUGGCCCUCGUUGAAAUCAAGUGCAUAAUCUCCCUCCAUCUCCAAGGCCACGCCAGCAAGAGAAAGAGACAGCAAGACAAAAAAAGAAGAGCUGCAGAGAUCAGCGACUGGACUCCAGCGCUCUUCUCUUUCGGAUAGUAAUGGCUGGUUUGGCUACUUGUUGUUCCACUCUCUCUUCCACAAGCCAUGUUGCAGUGUCUUGGUUGGAAUUCCAGACUCAUCACAGUGGAAGAAUAACGGCAUGGAAACCGAGUCGAUGGAGAAAUGCUAACGGGAUUAGAGCUGAGGUGAAGUUUGUGAAGCCAGAUGAAGCAAAAAAGCUGGUAACAGAAGAAGGGUAUGCGGUGGUCGAUGUAAGGGACAGAACGCAGUUUGAGAGAGCUCGGAUUAAGUCGUGCUACCACGUUCCCCUUUUCAUAGAGAACAAAGAUAAUGACAUUGGUACCAUCGUAUUAAGGACAGUGCACAACAACUUCUCGGGUUUGUUCUUUGGAUUACCUUUCACUAAGCCUAACCCUGAGUUCACUGAGUCAGUGAAGAACCAGUUUUCAGCCGGAAGCAAACUGUUACUCGUGUGCCAAGAAGGACUGAGGUCCGCGGCUGCAGCCAACAAAUUAGAGAAAGCCGGUUUUGAGAACAUAGCAUGUAUAACAUCUGGUCUCCAAUCUGUUCCACCAGGUACAUUUGAUUCUGAAGGCAAGACUGAGCUGCAAGAUGCAGGUAAAGCCGGUUUGGUCACUGUUCAAGGCAAGAUCUCAGCUGUUCUUGGAACCGUACUCAUCUGUGCAUUUCUGUUCAUCACAUUCUUCCCAGACCAAGCGGAGAAGCUGUUAGAACUGGCACCUACUAGCUAGACUGCCACAGUUUUGUACAGAAUGUAUGCUGUUGCCAUACCUCAAAACAUUUCCUUAAUCUUAAACCAGCAUCGUUUAUUAUCCAUCCAAAGUAAUGCACAGACGUAAAACCAACUGCAAAUCAACAAUCCUGCCCAAGUAAAAGAAAAAUCAAUGACCAACCAAUGCAUUGGCUUAAGUGAAAGAAAGGAAACGGAAAAAAAGCCAAACGUUGAAAAUGGAGAGCUAAGAAAAGGAAUUCACAAGAAAACUGGAAACCUAGCCAGGAGGGUGUAAACAAAUAUUACAGU